AUGCCGUGGGGUCCAAACCGCCGGGAUGGGGAUUCCGAUGGGGAUAACCCGCCGUGGCAGGUGGCCCUGUGGGCCGCCGCGUACGCGCUGGUGGUGGCCGUGGCCGUGGUGGGCAACGCGGUGGUGAUGUGGAUCAUCCUGGCGCACAAGCGCAUGCGCACAGUCACCAACUACUUCCUGGUGAACCUGGCCUUCGCCGAGGCCUCCAUGGCCGCCUUCAACACGGUGGUGAACUUCACCUACGCCGUGCACAACGAGUGGUACUACGGGCUGCUCUACUGCAAGUUCCACAACUUCUUCCCCAUCGCCGCCGUCUUCGCCAGCAUCUACUCCAUGACGGCCAUCGCCCUGGACAGGUACAUGGCCAUCAUCCACCCGCUGCGGCCCCGGCUCUCGGCCACCGCCACCAAGGUGGUCAUCGGCAUCAUCUGGCUCCUGGCCUUCCUGCUGGCCUUUCCCCAGGGCUACUACUCGGUGACGGAGGAGCUGCCGGGCCGCCUCGUGUGCCUGGUGGAGUGGCCGGAACACGACACCAACGUCUACGGAAAAACGUACCACUUCUGCAUGACCAUCCUCAUCUACGUCCUGCCGCUGCUGGUCAUCGGCUGCGCCUACACCGUGGUUGGCAUCACCCUGUGGGCCAGCGAGAUUCCCGGCGACUCCUCCGACCGCUACCACGAGCAAGUGUCGGCCAAGAGGAAGGUGGUGAAGAUGAUGAUCAUCGUGGUGUGCACCUUCGCCGUGUGCUGGCUGCCCUACCACGUCUACUUCACCCUGCAGUACUUCAACCCCGAGUGGUACCUGCAGAGGUUCAUCCAGCAGGUCUACCUGGCCAUCAUGUGGCUGGCCAUGAGCUCCACCAUGUACAACCCCAUCAUCUACUGCUGCCUCAACGACAGGUUCCGCGUGGGCUUCCAGCACGCGUUCCGCUGGUGCCCCUUGGUGCGGGCCGGCGCCUACGAGGGCCUGGAGCUGCGGGCCGCGCGCUACCUCGACUCCAAGACCGUCUCCGAGAGCCUCAGCUUCUACUCCAACACGCUCAGCUAG